AUGCAUCAGGGUAAAUUGCUACGGUUCCCAUCUUUCUUGGAAUUGCUGCCUCAUGUGUCUCCCUUUGGUCUCCGGACAUGUAUGUGCUUUCCGAAUUCCAAAGAACUGCGAUUGUUGAACAAAUCAUCACCAAACGUUUGGAAUACGUUAUUCACUUUUACGAUCGCACUCGGCUGCGUUUUGGAUACAGUUUUCCACUUCCUUCUGGUCUGGUACUACUGCACACUGACCAUCCGCGAGCGUAUCCUCAUCGCCAAUGGUUCCAGGAUCAAAGGAUGGUGGAACAUUUACCAUUUCAUCUCUACCGCAUGUGCUGGCAUCAUGCUGAUCUGGCCACGAUCACGUUCGUAUGAUGAGUUCCGGGACCAAUUUAUGCUGUUUUCCCUUUAUCUAAAUAUUGUCCACCUAAUCCAAUAUCAAUAUCAAAUCGGUUGUCUGUACAAACUACGUGCUCUCGGUGACAGGCAUCCUAUGGACAUAACUGUUGAUGGUUUCAUGUCGUGGAUGUUCCGGCGCCUGACGUUCACACUUCCUUUCCUCUUUACCGCGUAUGCCCUCGAUCUGUACAACGCUUACCGGUUAUACUGCAUCUCUCGUCAACCGUACUGUAACGAAUGGCAGGUCUUGGCAGUUGCAAUUAUCUAUUUCGUCCAAGCCGCCGGUAAUAUUAUAACCGUUUGCAGAGUGAUCCAGCAGAAAUUAUUCCCACCUUCUCCAGUUGCGAUGAGGUACCACCUACAAAAGAAAUAUAGUUUUGCCGUACCGUCUGAGGCGGAUGCGGUGGAUCCGGAUGAAACACAUCUUAAGUGAUUGACACAUGAGAAAUUUGCAACCGGGACACUCGAUGAUGUGGCCAUAUCCUAGGCCCUCGCACUUUCCUCUCAGCGAGCCCAGUUUGUUGUCCAACAACUCCGUGUAUGAUUCUGUCAUCUCUCAGCUACGACAUUUACUCUUCGUUGCUCAACAUCGUGCUGAGCGCCACGUUUACGUACUAGUCUAGUGUAUCGAUCCUCAUAUUCUGUUUUAUCGUUUGUUUUUUGUAUCAGAAAUGUUGUAUCCAUAUACGCAUCCUUUUUUGUCUCAGUAACAGCCUGUCAUGGUGCUGAACGCUGCACUAGAUUUCCGGUCACAUUUCUUUGUUUGUCUUCCCCUCACAACACUGUGCUGCGAAAUGGUAGUCGAACUAAAAACGCUGUAGUGAGUCGCU